AUGGAUGAUUUAGGAGUCUUUGCAGUGUUUUGUUCUGUAACUCUGAAUCCAAGGGAAGCGGCCCGUAUCCCUUGCCUGCUCACCCAAGUGCACCUUUUCCCGUUUCUGCUGCAAAGGUCGUUGCGAUUCGUGACGAUCGGCAUCUCGUCGGUGUGGCGCAAGGACGACUACCUGACGCGGACCAUCGACUCCAUCCUGAAGGAGACGACGCAGGAGGAGCGCGGGGACAUCUUCAUCUUCCUCCUCCUGGCCGACGCCGACCCCGCCCUCAGAACGCAGAGAGCUCUGGAUCUCAGCGUAAGGUACAGCCAGGAGAUCCAGGCGGGCCUCCUCAGAGUGAUCCAGCCUCCUGCCCUGCUUUACCCGAGCAUUGACUUCACGGCAAUAAGGAGAACUUAUAAUGACUCUGUCGCUCGGGUCCAGUGGAGGACCAAGCAGGUCUUGGACUUCGCAUUUCUCUUCUGGUAUGCUUGGACCCGCCAUCCUUCAUCCUAUUACUUGGUGCUUGAAGAUGAUGUUCUCAGCGCAAAGCAUUUUGUCACUGCUAUCAAAGAUUUUGUUUCACUCCACAAAAGUCACCAUUGGAUAUCACUGCAGUUGGCAGGGUUCUUGGGUAUUGGGCAGCUAGUGCGAUGCAGCGACCUGGAUCGCCUGGUUUCGUUUCUCCUACUUUUCUACCGCGAGCAUCCUGUCGACGUCCUGAUCAACCACUGGAUCUCUCUGAUGGCGCCGGAGAAGCCCCCCAAAGACCGUCCGACCCGGAGAGUGCCCGGGCUCUUCCAGCACAUCGGAGUCCACUCGACGCUGGCGAAUAAGACGCAGUCGCUUAAGGAUAAUACAUUUAGGAGCGACUCUGUGCGACCGAAGUUUCAGCAGGUCAGGCAUGGAAGUUUGGUAAAGCGUCGUUUCUCGCACGUCAAUCCAACAGCUGAUGUGGUGACAACUAUCAGGCAGUAUAAGGCCUACCUGGCAGAGCAUGCAUAUUCCUCUGCACCCGGGAUGUUUUGGGGAAUCCCCAAACCUGGCGAUUCUUUUGAUAUACUUUUCCCAGAGCCUCUAAAGUUAUCGAGAGUUGUGGUGCUCACAGGGGCGGCAAUUAACAAAAAGAUUAGAGACAAGCUCUUAUAUGGGAGUCUUGAGGUCUCCCAGAAGUUUCUGAAGAUGGAGAACCCAAAGAAGGCCUCGUGUAAAAGCUUUUCUCCCGUCCAGGAAUUUAAAAACGGAGAGCUCGACAUGAAGCAUCUAAGGCAGCUCUACCCACAAGGGAUCCAAUGUCUGAGAAUAAGCAUCGGAGCCAAGCAGAAGUCGUGGGUGGCCAUCACCGAAGUGGCGGUCUUCACGGACGAGGACUCGGCCGCGGAGCCCACUCCUGCGGCUGCCUCUGCGGGGCAAGGGGAGGCCAGGGGCAAGAGAAAGGGCACCUGAGCGCGGGGUCAGAAGGGAAAUGGCAAGGGCGUGUCUUUAGAGGGUAUACUGAUAAUGAAGUAUAUUUCCAGAAUGUAUGAAUGAUCAUCAGUUUGUAUAUGUAUUCGUAAAAUGGAUAUCAAUGGAAAAGAAUAACAGGUAGACGGGUAAUGUAACACUGAUCCUGUAAAAUAUGCAAUUUAUUUAUUGUAGUGAUGCAGUAUAUCACAAAACAUCUGUUAUGACUGCAUUAUACACAUAUUUGCAUCUAAACAGAUUCAUUUCCAUGUUUAUGUAAGUUCUUACUUAACUUUGUCCUUUAUUUGUGUAAUGACACUAGGUCAAUAGAUCACAUCUACAGACUUUAGAAUGCAGUAAAUAUUAGUGAAAGGUGAAAAGUAAACAUGAGAUAAAUUAAGAAUACUUACAUAAGUUGUCACACAGGAAUACAAUCUUGAACAGAAAUUUGGAUUCAUAUUUUCAUAGGAGUUCAAUUAUUUGCACUGAAAGUUUUAUGAGACAAAAAAUAUAUUAAAACCAAUAUGUGAAAAGAAUAUUCAGAUCAUUAUAUUCUCUAUUGCAUAAAUAUACUAGUUAAUUUUUAAUUGAGGAUCACGCAAAUAAGGUUGUAUUCACCAUAAGGGCUCAGACUAAUUAUUUCAUUUAGUUCACUCAAUAUUUCGUGCAGCAUUUUCAAAAGGCGGUAGAUUUUGGAUAAUUGUUUUAUUCCAGACAUUUUAUGACUAAUGACUAAGCCCCAUAAUAGAACUAUCCUGAAUAAUGGUAGCAUAAAUACGCUCCUUUUGACCUCAGAAAUUGAAAUGCUCUCUUUUCACAAAAAUGUGACUUUGAGGAGCUUUGAUAUCUUAGAUACAUUGUUGCUAAUUAAAUGAUCGUGUAUAUUCUGGUGCGUGAAAUGUGAAUUAUGUGAUGGUCUACAUUCAAAGUGCGUUUGGUCUGGAAAGGUGCUGCAGCUGGGAACAAACAUCUAGGUUUAAUUAAUCUAUCUGGAGGGAUGAAUGUGCUCUCUAAGAAUCUAAUGCAUAAUACUUCACAUGAAAAGCGUCCACAAUGAUUGUAAAACUCCAGAGGGCUGAAUAUCUACUUUCACCUUUCAGUGUCUAAUGAUCUAAGAUGUGUUAUUUAGUGUAGCUAGAUUUCAUAGAUCAUAGAUUUGUAAAGGGUACCUACUUGAUAAAUCACUGAUCGGCCAAAAGAAAAAUAUAGGAUAGUCAUAUUGAUGGAAUUCGAUUUUAAAAUCUCCAGUUUUAUAAAUGUUUUUACCAAGGGACUCGAUCACAUUUGCCAAAAAUGUACAUAAAAAGCAAAGAAUUCUCAUGCAGUAUAAAUAUUUCUUCACAACUAAUCACAUCCCAUUUUCUCGCUUUUCAUCAUUAGAGGCCCAGAUUCCAUGAGAUAUAAGACAGUAGGCAAUUUUAAUAUUUUUAGUAAAAGUAACAGGUUAGAUUCUUUCAUCACACAUGUUCUGAGAUGAAAGCCUAUUCGCUUUCUAGAAAGGCCAUCUGCGUGAGCAACACAUCAUGUUCUUGAACCUGCCCCAAAUUUCCGACACACACAUGUCAACGAACAAUACUACAGACAUGCAAACAUACACAUACAUACACAGAGAUACAGUAUGUGCGUGUGUGGGUGUACACACACACACACACACACAUACACACAUACACACACACACACACACA